UAAAACCCGAGAAACCCAAAAGCUCAGAGUUCUGAGUUCUCUGAAUGAAGGUCCACGGAUUCUCUCCAUCACGGACUUGACCGGAAAUUUUCUCUCUCUUUACCUCUAAAACGCUCUCAUCUUCUUGCUCUCUCUCUCUAUAUUUCGGUGCUCUUAUGUAGUAGCUUCUGAUCAACUCCGCCGCCUCCGGUUUCGGUUCUCCAACGGCGUUUGCCUCUCCGUACAAGAAGGCCGCUUUGUACGGAGACGAAGUGCAUUACGACGACGGCGUCGGAAUCGGACUCCGGGGAGCUUGCGAACCUUUGUGCGGGUGACCAUUACAUUAUAAAGACAUGGAUGGAAAUUCAUCUGGGGUAAACGGAAAUAAUGUUGACUGGGAUACUGAAGACGAGCUGGACGAGAUUGAAAAUUUCACUUUGUCUUCUUCAGCUAAUCUGGGCUAUGGGGAGGGGUGCUCAUCAACAGAACCUUGCAAGACCAAAGUUUUUGAUAAUUUUGUCAGCAUGGGAUUUUCUCACAAAUUGGUAGCCAGAGCUAUUAAGGAACAUGGUAAGAACACUGUACCAUAUUGUUCUCUGUGCUUUAUAAUUGUAAUGAUUCAGUUUCACCAUAAUUUACACAGUACUAUGAUGAAACAUACAGGUGAGAAAGACGCAGAUUCAAUUCUGGAAAGCCUCCUCUUAUACACUGCUCUUGAAAAUUCAACUCCAGAGCAGGAUUCUCCUCCAGAGCAGGAUUCUCCACCAGAGCAGAGUUCUCAUCCGGAACAGUGCUCUCCUCCACAACAGCAACAGAUCGAUUCUGAUCCCUUUUCUUCAGAUUAUGAGGGGAGCUUUCUGGAUGGAUUUUCAGAUCUAGAUAGCUCUGAUAAUGAGUGCAUUCCAACAUCUGAGGAGGAGAAGAAACUUGUGUCCUUGGUUAAUAUGGGGUACACAGUAUGGGAGGCUUCAAUUGCAAUUGAGAGAUGCGGUGUUGACUCUACCAUAGAUGAAUUGACUGAUUUCAUAUCAGCUGCUCAGUUUUCAAAGGCAGAAGAUGUCCAUUUUCCCCUUGAAGAGAAGCCUAGACGUCUUCACAUUGAUGACAAGAAGAAAAGGAAACUCUGUGAAAUUGCCAUGUCAAAAAGAAAAAAGAAGGUGGGGCUUGGAAAUGGGAUCAUUGAUGAAGAUGAUGAGGCACUUCAUCUCCCAAAUCCAAUGAUUGGAUUCGGGACUCCAACACAUCUUUGUCAAAUCCACAGGAGUAUUCCAGAGGCAGCCAAAGGACCUCCUUUCUUCUACUAUGAAAAUGUGGCAUUGACUCCUAAAGGGGUCUGGAGCACAAUAUCCCGAUUUCUGUAUGAGAUCCAGCCUGAAUUUGUUGAUUCCAAGUACUUUUCUGCAGCUGCUAGGAAAAGAGGUUAUGUUCAUAAUCUUCCAAUAGAGAACAGGUUUCCUCUCAUUCCCCUCCCACCGCAGACUAUUUUUGAUGCAUUUCCCAUAACAAGGAGGUGGUGGCCUAGUUGGGACGAGCGCAGACAGCUGAAUUGCCUACAGACUUGCUAUGCUAGUGCAAAGUUGACUGAGAGGAUCAGGCUGGCUCUCAAAGACUUUGAUGAAGAUUCGGUUCCACCAGAAAAAGUUCGACGUUCUGUUCUAUAUGAAUGCCGGAAGUGGAAUCUUGUAUGGGUAGGGAAGAACAAGGUUGCCCCAUUGGAGCCCGAUGAGGUGGAAAUGCUGUUGGGGUUCCCGAGGAACCAUACAAGGGGAAUUAGUAGGACUGAUAGAUACAAGUCACUGGGAAAUUCAUUCCAGAUUGAUACAGUUGCCUAUCAUCUAUCUGUGUUGAAAGAUCGGUUUCCCAAUGGCAUCAAUGUCCUCUCUCUUUUCUCUGGGAUUGGGGGCGCAGAGAUAGCCCUCCAUCGGCUUGGCAUACGGAUGAAGAACGUUGUGUCUGUUGAGAUUUCAGAGGUGAGCAGAACUGUGGUGAGGACUUGGUGGGAGCAAACCAAACAAAAAGGAAACUUGUACCACCUUGCUGAUGUGCAAGAGUUGAAUAAGGACCGGCUUAAGCAUUACAUCAAUACCUUUGGAGGGUUUGAUCUUGUGGUUGGUGGGAGCCCGUGUAACAAUCUUGCUGGUAGCAACAGACAUCAUAGAGAUGGGCUUGAGGGAAAAGAAUCGUCUCUGUUCUUUGAUUAUUUCCGUAUAUUAGACGUAGUGAAGGAUCUUAUGCCAAGAAACAGCUGAUCAAUGUAUUAUUCGAGAUCUAGAUACUUGAACCUCUAGUUACUUAUGCUCUUAAUUUAGAUGAAUAAAUAUUGGAUUUCUUUGAUAUUUAAGUACUCGGAUCAUAACAUUCUUUU